AUUGGAAAUAAGAAAUUCACUGAUGAGAACCCACAGUGAAGGCCCAGGGACAUGAAGACAGACAGGUCAUCGAGGCUUGGAAAAACAAGACUGAGGGACAUGGGACUGCAUCUGGGGUCUUGGGACGCCAAGCAUCCCAUCUGCUCUCCGUCAAGGCUGUUCGUAGCCUUCUCACCCUGGACUUCUGGUGUGUGUGAUGGACAGGUGACACGGAGGCCACAACCUUUACGGUCAGGGCGCCAGCAUGACCGAGUGCUUCCUGCCUCCCACCAGCAGCCCUGGGGAGCACCGCAGGGCCGAGCAUGGCAGCACGCUGACACGGACGCCCAGCUCGGAGGAGAUCAGCCCCACCAAGUUCCCCGGCCUGUACCGCACGGGCGAACCCUCGCCACCCCAUGACAUCUUGCACGAGCCCCCGGAUAUAGUGUCUGACGAUGAGAAGGACCAUGGGAAGAAGAAAGGGAAGUUCAAGAAGAAGGAAAAAAGGACUGAAGGCUAUGCUGCCUUCCAGGAGGACAGCUCUGGAGACGAGGCUGAGAGCCCGUCCAAGAUGAAGCGGUCCAAGGGCAUCCAUGUCUUCAAGAAGCCCAGCUUCUCUAAAAAGAAGGACAAGGAUUUUAAAAUAAAGGAAAAACCCAAAGAAGAAAAGCAUAAAGAAGAAAAGCACAAAGAGGAAAAACAUAAAGAGAAGAAGUCCAAGGACUUGACGGCAGCUGAUGUCGUGAAGCAGUGGAAGGAAAAGAAGAAAAAGAAGAAGCCGAUUCAGGAGCCGGAGGGGCCUCUGGUCGAUGCGCCCAGCUUCAGGCCCAUCUUCGGGAUCCCCCUGGCCGAUGCGGUGGACAGGACCAUGAUGUACGACGGCGUCCAGCUGCCGGCCGUCUUCCGAGAGUGCGUGGACUACGUGGAGAGGCAUGGCAUGAGGUGCGAGGGCAUCUACAGGGUCUCAGGAAUUAAAUCGAAGGUGGAUGAGCUGAAGGCAGCCUAUGACCGAGAGGAGUCUCCCAACCUGGAGGACUAUGAGCCGAACACCGUGGCCAGCCUGCUGAAGCAGUACCUGCGCGACCUCCCCGAGAACCUGCUUACCAAAGAGCUGCUGCCACGCUUUGAGGAGGCAUGUGUGAGGGCCACAGAGAGCGAGAAGGUGCAGGAGUUCCAGCGCCUGCUCAGGGAGCUGCCCAGCUGUAACAGCCUGCUCCUCUCCUGGCUGGUCGUGCACAUGGACCACGUGAUUGCGCAGGAGCUGGAGACCAAGAUGAACGUGCAGAACAUCUCCAUCGUGCUCAGCCCCACCGUGCAGAUCAGCAAUCGUGUUCUGUAUGUUCUUUUCACGCACGUGAAGGAGCUCUUUGGGAGCGUGGUGCUCAAGCCGGUGACGAGACCCCUGCGGUGGUCCAACAUGGCCACGAUGCCCACGCUGCCUGAGACCCAGGCUGGCAUCAAGGAGGAGAUUCGGAGACAGGAGUUUCUUUUGAAUUGUUUACAUCGAGAUCUGCAGGGUGGGGUGAAGGAUUUAUCUAAAGAAGAAAGAUUAUGGGAAGUGCAGAGAAUCCUUACAGCCCUCAAAAGGAAACUGAGAGAAGCUAAAAGACAGGAGUGUGAGACCAAGAUUGCCCAGGAGAUCGCUAGCCUGUCAAAAGAGGAUGUCUCCAAAGAAGAGACGAAUGAAAACGAGGAGGUCAUCAAUAUUCUACUCGCCCAGGAGAAUGAGAUCCUCACCGAGCAGGAGGAGCUGCUGGCCAUGGAGCAGUUCUUACGGCGGCAGAUCGCAGCUGAGAAGGAGGAGAUCGAGCGCCUGCGGGCUGAGAUUGCCGAGAUCCAGAGCCGCCAGCAGCACGGCCGCAGCGAGACGGAGGAGUACUCGUCGGAGAGUGAGAGUGAAAGUGAGGACGAGGAGGAGCUGCAGCUCAUUCUGGAGGACCUGCAGCGCCAGAACGAGGAGCUGGAGAUCAAGAACACUCACCUGAACCAAGCCAUCCACGAGGAGCGAGAGGCCAUCAUCGAGCUGCGGGUGCAGCUCCGCCUGCUGCAGAUGCAGCGCGCCCAGGCCCCAGCCGAGCCUGCGCUGGAGGAUGAGGAGCCCGAGCAGUGGGUGGGCACUGCCGAGGCCAAGCCGUCGCCUGGCAGGGACCGGAAGGAGACACCCAUCUGAGCCAGGCGCCUGGCCUGGCCUGCGGAGCUCCCGGUCAGACUCAGGGCAGAGGUGGCGCAGGCCUGGGGCCACACGGAUGCUCUUCAGAUAGUGUCAGCACAUUGGGAUUGCUUUUCUUCGUUAAAGUAACGAUUUUAACCCUGAGUGGCUUCUUUAUAAACCAAAAAUUGUCUUUCUUUGCUUUUUUAUCACAGCAGAAUCAGGAUCUCUUUCUCAUCCACGGCGGGGGACACACACACACACACACACACACACACACACACACCCACCAAACCAGGCCCUGGCCUAGCCCACUGGGAUGCCCGCCGCCCGCCGGGCCCCUGCAGACCUGGUCACUCUCGCUUGUGCCUUCCACACCUUCUCGGUGCAGACGACGCGGUGAGGGCGCCGUUCCUCUCCUGCCGGCCGGCCUUGCUGUGGCCUCAGCCCCGUCAUGCUGUCCUUUGGGCCCACCUGCUGGCCGCUCACUGCCAGAGGCCGCAGGUGGCCAGGCGCCCCAAGGUGCCACAGAGAUGCGUCUCCAGCCCCAGCCCUUUCCCCAGCAGCCCCUCAGGUACAGGGCUCCUCCAGGUGCCAAAGGGGGCCGGAAGGCUCUUGUCUCUGGGAGCAACCGGGCCAGGCUCUGCUGUUCCUGUCCUCAGUCCUGAGGGACCCCCGAGGGGCCGGAUGGAGCAGUGGGAAAGUGGCUUCCUUGCUGCGGCCUGUCUCGCCCCUCACUGCUCCACUUUGAGGCCACAGCCCGGGGCUCAGGCAGUUGGGUUGGGCGGCUCCGUGGGUGCAGGUGGACUGGCGCCAGGGCUCUUCCUCUUCCAUCCUCUUUCUCCUCCUGCUUUUCCUCCUCCUCUUCCUCCUUCCCUGCCUCCUGCUCCUCUUUCUCCUCUUCCUAGUUAGUAUUUAUUUUCAGCACCUGUUUGAUGCAGUUUUUUAUCCUACCUAUUGCACUGUUGUGACUUGUUGGCCAUUAUUUGAUUUUUGUACGGAAAAAAAGCUUUGUUAUAGAAAUCAGCAUACUAUUUUUUUAAAUCUGGAGAGAAGAUAUUAUGGUGACUGGAAAUAUGGUCAGGUGUCAAAUAUAAAUGCAUAAAUGCCUUGCUGUCCUGUCAGACAUAUUUUAUUCAUUUUAUAUUCGUUGGGAUAUUGACGUUUCCUUUUCUGUUUGUGUAAACCCUUAAUUUCUAUCAAGGUGUUAUGGGUUUUUUAAAUUAGUAUUUCAUUACAAAUGUCUGAUUGGUUAA